CGGUGAACGCAAGGAAUAAAUUAGUUAGGGUACAAUGAACAUUCAUUCAUCACUGUAUAGUAGUCUGUAGUAGGAUAAAAAUUAAGUUAACACUUGUACUAUUAUAUUAACAUAACUAAUUCUGGCUUUCAGGCGUAAGGAAUUCUUCAUUAUUUCAGUUUCGAUUGAAAUCGUUAAUUGUGAUAGCUGACGUUUCAAAGGUGAACUGUUCACCAAUCUUCACUGAAGGUAAAAUAAUGAUGUCAAAUUGCAUAUGUAUUCCUACAAAUAUAUCCUUCCCGUAUCACUGCGUCUUUCAGAGGGUUUUUACAAUGCCAACCUGUCUGAAUAUUUCCAAUGUCAGCAUCCCCAUGCUUGUUAAUAUGUCAGAAAACGCCAAUCACAGUAAUUGUAAUUACACCACUAUAUGCCUUCCGGAUUCAAAUGUUCAAAGUGGCCUCAUAUUAACAUUGAUCGGUUUAGUUCUUGGAUUUAUAAUAAUAACCAAUAGAAAACUACACACCAUAUCCACAAAGAACAGUUUCUUCAUCGUUAUAACCAUGAUCUUCAAUAAUGUCGGCGUUGGAUUACUAAUAUCAUUUGCAAAAUGGUACGAUCAAUUUAGUUCUAUAUCUAUCGCUACCGCGCUCCUCAUUAUAGCCAUUUUCUUGGGUUCAAAGCUAAAUGAAUCACAAAAGAAAUGGACGAUUUUCUUGUUUGCGGUGUGUGGUGGAUUCGUUUUUACUGGAUUUAUUCUCAUGGUUUUGUGGCUGACUCUUAAAACCAUAGGACUUCUAGUUGCUAUCUUGGUUUGUUGGUGCGGCGCAGUGUUCAUUGUAAGUAAUGAAUAAAUAAGCAAAUGCAAUUACAAAUAGUCAGUCGAUUAUCAUGCUUCCAAAUACAUCGUUCUGUAGAAUUUAGAACUAAGAAUCAUUAGUGCUUUCUAUCUACUGCAUCCAACACAAUUCAUCAUGAAAUAUUUUAAAGAAAAUAUUGCGACAUGAAAAACUGGACGACUGAAACGGAGAAAUUGAGUGGUGAAGAUUUCAUCUCGUUUUUUCGUUUCCUUGGUUGAAUGGCUCCAUUUAUAUGAUGCUCUGUUAUACAAAUGAACAUGACAGAUAAAAAUACAAGACAAUUACUGAUCAUUAGUUAUGUAUGAAUGUUGAGAAACCACUAAGUUCUUAACUUUAUACCUCUAUAUGUCUAUGAUUUCACUGAUACAUAUAUUGAUAACAAUGCAUCGAUUAUGAAG